AGAUAAUCUUCCCUCCUUUUUUUUUUUCCUUCAUCAAAACCCUUGCCCUUUUUUCUGUUCUUCCCGUGCCCGUCUCUAGUUCUGGCGACUCAAGCCAUAAAGAAACCCAAGUGAUUCAGCCCAGCCUCCAUUUUCAACCGAAAACGAAAGCAUCAAAAUUUCCCCAAACCACCCAGUUUCUUAUUCAAAUUCAGACUUUAAACUCAUUCUUUCUUUCCCAAAUUCUCAAUUUAUUUAGAGGGUCAAGUUUUCAAAGGUCUAAUUUUGGAUUUUGGACAUUCUAGUGGAGGAACAGGAGGAGGACGCCAUUGUCUCCGCCGCUUCCGCCAUCGAUCGUUAAGACCAACUAUUUCCAAUACUAAGCUAGUAUAAAAAAAUGGAGCAGAGAUUAGCAAAUAGUUGGAAUAUAACUGUAAAUGAGAAGAAAUUUAUUGAGACAGCAUUGCUAAAGGAUCUUAGAGUUGAUGGACGUCGCCCAUUCGAUUACCGCCGAUUAACAAUCAAGUUUGGCCGAGACGAUGGUUCUUCCGAAGUGCAGCUUGGCCAGACUCAUAUCAUGGCCUUUGUAACAGCUCAACUAGUUCAACCUUAUAAGGACAGGCCAAAUGAAGGAUCACUUGCUAUUUAUACCGAGUUUUCUCCUAUGGCCGAUCCCUCAUUUGAGGUUGGCCGUCCGGGAGAAUCUGCUGUGGAGUUGGGACGUAUAAUCGACCGUGGUUUGAGGGAGAGUAGUGCAAUCGAUACCGAAUCACUUUGUGUGCUCUCUGGAAAAUUAGUAUGGUCCAUCCGCAUUGAUCUUCAUAUACUAGAUAAUGGAGGGAAUCUUGUUGAUGCUGCAAAUGUUGCUGCUUUGGCAGCCCUUUUAACCUUCAGGAGGCCAGAGUGUAGUCUGGGUGGAGAAGAUGGGCAAGAAUUAACAGUACAUCCACCUGAGGUGCGUGAACCACUUCCUUUGAUAGUUCAUCAUCUUCCUAUAGCUGUGACAUUUGCGUUCAUCACAGAUGAUAAUAUCGUGGUGAUAGAUCCGACACAGUUUGAAGAGGCCAUAAUGAAAAGCAGAAUGACUGCUACGUUGAACACAAAUGGGGAUAUAUGUGCCAUUCAAAAGGGUGGAGGCGUUGGUGUCAUCCCCAGUGUUGUUAUGCAGUGCUUACGAAUUGCCUCGGUCAAAGCGGCUGAUAUAACUACCAAGAUCAAGGACGCUGUUGAAUCAUACAAUACAGAGAGAGCAUAUCGUAAGGUUAAGCGCCACCCUUCCGCUGCUGAUCAUCGUACUGAGAGCCGAGAGGUAAACUGAUGCUAACAAAAAAUCACAGAAACGGGGUUGAAGACACCCGUCAGAGGAUGACUGUAUAAGCUGGAAAACAAAAUAUGAUAUUCAUGACAAUCAUACUUCUAUUUUAAAACCUAAAUUCAGCUGCCCCUGUGACAAGAAAUAGAAGUGGUCUCUAUGGUCCAUUGAUUGGUUUUUUCUUAUUUACUUCGAGCAAAUUUCUUUUUGUUACCAUGAGGCAUAGCAUAAUUUUGGAAUUCAGACUUUUAGUAGGUAAUCUUCUAGUUGCAUUUUCAGAACUGACAUAGUCUUAUUUUUUGUUCUUUUUUUUUUGUUUAAGGUAAAAACGUCGUUUGAUGAGGGUUGUCAUCAAAGGAUAUGCGUGCGCCUUCUCUUGGUACAUGUAAUUCUAUUUUGUUCUGUAAUGAUCAGUAAUCCAAUGAAUUAGGUACAUUAGCAGUAUUUUGGACCAUAUAGGGGUUUACAAUUGCAGUUUUGGUUAUGAUCUGUAUGUGUAGAUGUUUUUUUCGAGCAUCUGUGCGUUCAGCUUAGCAUCUUACCCUUUCCUGCAACUUCUCACUUGUGACAUGCAGUUGUAAGUUUGAUUCGAGAAUGUACAGCAGAAAUUCUCAUGUAAACCUUGUCGUUGAGAAUCGUUUUGCGUUGGUGCCUUUUGGGAAGUCUCACGCCGUGUCGAGCGUAUGAAUUUGUAUCAACAUAAUAGAGAAUUUCUUUUUAUUUCAUUCAAGUGUUUUGAGUUUCUGCUU